GAGCGCGUGCUGGAGCUGGCGCGCGGCGGCGGCGACCCCUACAGCGACCUCAGCAAGGGCGUCCUGCGCUACCGGACCGUGGAGGACGUGCUCACGCCCCUCGAAGACUGCUUUAUGCUGGACUCGGGCUCUGUCCUGGAUUUCAGCGUCCUCGCCACUAUCAUGCAGAGCGGCCACACGCGCAUCCCAGUGUACGAGGAGGAGCGUUCCAACAUCGUGGACAUUCUGUACCUCAAAGACUUGACCUUCGUGGACCCUGAGGACUGCACGCCGCUCAGCACCAUCACCCGCUUCUACAACCAUCCGCUCCACUUCGUCUUCAACGACACCAAAUUGGACGCCGUUCUGGAGGAGUUUAAGCGAGGGAAGUCCCAUCUGGCCAUUGUGCAGAAGGUGAACAAUGAAGGUGAGGGUGACCCCUUCUACGAGGUGCUGGGCUUGGUCACCCUGGAGGACGUCAUUGAGGAAAUCAUCAGGUCUGAGAUCCUGGAUGAGUCUGAAGACUACCACACCAAAGUGAGGAAGAAGACUGUUGCCCUGAGCACCCCUCUCAAGCGGAAGGAGGAAUUCUCCUUAUUCAAGGUGUCUGAUGAUGAAUAUAAAGUAAAAAUCUCGCCUCAGCUGCUCCUGGCCACCCAGCGCUUCCUUUCCCGAGAGGUGGAUGUGUUCAGCCCAUUGCGAAUCUCCGAGAAAGUCUUGCUGCAUCUGCUGAAGCAUCCCAGUGUCAACCAGGAGGUGAAGUUUGAUGAGAACAACCGCCUGGCCGCACACCAUUACUUGUACCAGCGCAGCCAGCCGGUGGACUACUUCAUUCUCAUCCUGCAGGGCAGGGUCGAGGUAGAAAUUGGGAAAGAGGGCCUGAAGUUUGAGAAUGGGGCCUUCACAUAUUAUGGAGUGUCUGCCCUGGCAGCUCCAUCUUCAGCUCACCAGUCCCCAGUGUCUUCACGCCAGCUCAUCCGCCACGAACUGAUGCCUGAACCAAGUGAGAGUAGCCGCCCCUCCACGUACUGUCCUGACUACACCGUGAGGGCCCUUUCCGACCUGCAGCUCAUUAAGGUCACACGGCUGCAGUACCUUAAUGCACUCCUGGCUUCCCGAGCCCAAAGCUUGCCUCCAUCCCCAGAGAAUGCUGAGCUCCAGGCCAUCCCAGGCAGCCAAACCAGGCUUCUUGGGGAGAAGUCCACUGAAACCACAGGGUCCAGCAACAGCAGACCUGGUGUCCCAGUGGAGGAGAGCCCUGGGCAGAACCCAGGAGUGUAACCGCUUGCCAGGCAGCCCCGAGCUGGAAAUGGACAAGUGUGUGGGGAGCUGGGGAGAGCUAAUCAGGAGCUUCAUGCCAGCCUGUCCCCCACCUAUUCUGGCCACGUUUUAGAUGGCCAUUAUAAGAUGUGGGUCCUGGGCCUCCUGAGUGCUGGAGCCUUCAGCUGGCCCUGCCUUCCCUUAGGAGAUGGGAUUGGCAUGGUGGUCCUCCAGUAGAAGCCUGUUUCUAGGGGGAUGAAAGGAACAGCAUCAUCUCUAGUCCCCAGGGCCCAGCUUAUCCCCUGAUGCUGCAACAGCACAGUGUCUGUACCUCCCUGAACCAGGUGCCGUGUUGGGUGGAUGCAGUGACUGCCUUUACAUGGCCUUGGCCUGUCUCACUCUGCUUUUGAUUGGCCAAUCCUCUAUUGCUGGCCUCACUAGAUGAGCAAACCAAGAGUGCUGGCUGUAGAUGGAGACUCAGGCUUACAAUGCCAUAUUUUCAUUAAUGCACUCCAAUUUUUUUUUUUCCAUGUGCCAAAUCUAAAAGCACAGUUCCCCAAUAAGUCUGUUACCUAGUUCUGCUCCCUCCUGUGGAGGUAGCUUCUCUGAUUCCUUCUGAAGUCAUGAGCAGGCUGGCCCAGUGACACAGGAAACCUGCCCAGCAUGGCCUGGCAUCAGCUUGCGUUUCUCUUCCACCUGUUCAUAGUGCCACUAAUGGUACUGUUUCUGUUUGAGGUCAUGGGUGGAAGGCCAAAAGUCAGUGUUGAGUACCUGCCUUGUACUUUUGUCUAAGCCUCCGGGGAGACGUGCAGCUAUGGCGUGUAGACGGCAGCACAGGGAGGAUUGUUUGUAAACCUGGUACCUCCUUGUCACCUGCUGAGAAGUUAAGGUUUUCUUGUAUCUGAAAUAUUUCAGUUUCUGUGCCCUCUUCUGUUUCCAGUGAUGUUGUUUUAGAGGUGCAGGGAUGGGAAAGCACUGGUUUUCUCUCCUACUUUACCUAUAUUUUCCUUCCACAGUUUCAGCUCUGGGACCAUAGAUUGGGGUGGGAAGGGAGGAUUUCUGGAACUUUCCUCAAAAGGAUGUGGGUCCUGGUAAGUGAGACUUGCGGACCAAGAGAACAGUGUCAUGCUUGCUGAGAAAUAUUCCCAAGGAAUAUGCUCUAAGAACAAACUCAGGUUGGAAGCAAAUCAUUUCUCUUCAGAACAGAAUUCUGAAUUUUGGCUGCACCUCAGAAUCACCUGGCAAAUUAGAACCUUCGAUCCUUAGGCCCUUCUGGGGCUUCUGAUUUAGUCGCCUUGAACACCAGGGUUAUGAUCUUGAGAUAGGUUUAGAUUCAUAGAAGAAUUCCAUGUGCCCUUUACUCAGCUUCCCCUAAUGUUAACAUGUUAAAUAACCUUGUUACAAUUUUCAAAAUUAAAAUGUUAACAUUGGUGCCAUACUGUUUAACUGGAGGCUGGGUUUUUUUUUUUUUUUUUUUUUUUUUUUUUUCUGGUAAUGUCAAGGUAGGAUGCCAAAAUGCACUUAGAGCUAUUGUUUUCCUUUCUACCUAACUUUGUAUUUUAUAGUAAUUGCAGAUUCAUAGAAGUUACAAAGAUGCAGAGUCCAUGCAUCCUUUAUCUGGUUUCCCUCAAUGGUCCUAUCAUCAAACUAUAACGUAGUCUCAAAGCCUUGAGUGGUACAGAUGGUUCCUGGCACCUGUAUAGAUAGACCUGAGUAACUGCUACCCAAUUCUAACCCACUGCCCUGUCACUACCAGGGUUCUCCCUGGACUGCCACUCCGAGCCACCUGCCCCAUCCCUAAGCCCUGGUAACCACUAGACUGUUCCUUAUCUGUUACAUUGUCAUUUCAAGAAUGUUGUUUGAGGGGUCAUACAGUAUGUGGCCAUUUGGGAUUGACUUCUUCACUCAGCAUAGUUCUCUGGGGAUUGAUCCAGGUCAUUGUGUCAGUAGUUUGUCCCCUUUUCUUGCCAAGUGGUAUUCCAUGGUGUAUUCAUUGUCCUGUCAAAGGACACCUGGGUUGUUUCCAGUUUUUGGCCUUUUCCAAAUAAAGCUGCUAUGAACAUUAAUGUG